UACUCCAAAACGACCUCAAGCCAGCACUCAACCUAGGUAGCUCACAGCCACAGCAGCUAAAGCCUAUUAGCUCACUCGUGCUCAUCUUGCCAUGAUGAAUACCCGAGGCAGUGGCAGUGGCAGCAGCAGCGGCAGCAACCAGACCAUGAUGGCCUUCUCCGACCAUCCUCCGAAGCCGGCGACGGCAGCGUCAGGCGGGCAGCCGCAGCCGUCCCCGCCGUCGUCUCCGAGCGAGCGUCCGCCAGCCGGCCGUGGGCGCCGGCGCGCGCAGGAGCCCGGGCGGUUCCUCGGCGUGCGUCGCCGGCCGUGGGGACGGUACGCGGCGGAGAUACGCGACCCCACGACCAAGGAGCGGCAUUGGCUGGGCACGUUCGACACCGCGCAGGAGGCGGCGCUGGCCUACGACCGCGCGGCGCUGUCCAUGAAGGGCGCGCAGGCGCGCACCAACUUCGUCUACACGCACGCCGCGUACAACUACCCGCCCUUCCUGGCGCCGUUCCACCACGGGCAGCAGCCGUCGUCGUACGCGCACGCGCCGUCGUCCGUGCAGCACCAGUACGGCGGCGGAGUGGGCGCCGGCGCGCCGCACAUUGCCUCGUACGGGCACCACCACUACCACCACCAGGCCGGCUCGGCGAGCGCUGCAGCAGCUGGCGGCGCGUCGUCGGGCGAGUGCUCGUCGACGAUGCCGGUGCCCGUGGAACGCGCCGACGGCACGCUGCUGCUGGACCGCAGCGGCGGCGGUCACCACCACCACCACGAGUUCCUGUUCGCGAGCGCGGACGACAACUCCGGGUACCUGAGCAGCGUGGUCCCGGAGAGCUGCCUCCGGCCGAGGAGCAGCGCGGCGGCGGUGGAGGACCUGCGGCGGUACUCGGACGCGGACGCCUACGGGAUGGGCAUGGGGCUCCGGGAGGACGUGGACGACCUUGCCCAGAUGGUGGCCGGGUUCUGGGGCGGCGCUGGCGACGCGGACCAGCUGUGCGGGUUCCCGUCCGGCGGCGCCGGGGACAGCAUGGUGGCGUCGUCGCAGGGCUCUGACGGCUACUCGCCCUUCAGCUUCCUCUCCCACUGAUGAGGAAUCCCAUGCAUUGCUUUGCAUUGCAUCUGCUGUGCACGUAGCUUGAUCGAUCGACCAUGAAUUAGCCUAGCUAGCUAGUAGUUUGCUUAUCAUGAUGAUCGAUCCUGAUCAUCAGUUCUUUCCUUCGAUCCCUGCUGUUUAAUUCCUUUCGAGAGAGUUGGGUCGACCAGUGUGAGUGAGUGAGUGAGUGAGUGAGUAGUAUAGUAGUAUUAGCAUCUAGCAUCAGCAUUAGAUCGAGGGAGCGAUCGAGGGAAGAAGAGGAGAGAGUGGCUAGCUGCGCGCCCUAGCUCCUUCUUCGUUCUUCAUGUAUUCAUGUACUCGUAGCAAGCAGGCUCUUAUCAGUCUUCUUCUAGUCCUAGUAGUACUAUGA